AUGGGCCGGAUUGCGAGAAUAGUCGACCGAAACCCGGCACGCGGCAACCUCCAGUCUUCCGCGGGGGAGGGCCCGGAUUCGCAAAUCAGGGCAUGCAGGACAUGUUGCCAGCCGACCACCAUCCCACCUGGGAUCGGCCCGCGACUCACCACCUCACGGCAUGCAACACCUCGACUGUUGUGCUUGCACAAAUGCCGCCGCCGUCAGGUCCGACGGCGUGUGCCAGGCCGCGCCCGUCCUGCCUCAUUCUCGUACGGGCGCAUUGAUUCAUCUCGGGUCGCGAGCGUGGGCUCCGGACAGGGGAAUCUGCUCUGGCGGACUUACAUGCUGAAGAAGAGUGAGGGUGCGGAGAGGGACUCCGCUCCGGCGGGUUCCGGAUGGGACGGAGGGCAGCAGGACCCCUGA